UUUCCAUGAAUCCAGUCCGGCUCUAGAUAGGCGGGAUUUAGAGGAUAAGGUGAGUCGGGAUUGCAAAACCUCGGAGGAGACUCGACCCACCCUGCCAGGUUCAGUCGCGUGGACGAAUGUUUUAAGGCAAAGGAGGCCAGGCUGAGAUUGAGACAUGGGUGAGACAGCUGGCAGGGAGCACGGGAUUGUUACAAGAUCCGCGGAGUACAUUGGCUCGUUUCCUGUGGAUGACAGUUGUUUGGAUGAUCAGAUUCAGCAGCUGCACACCCAGCUGAAGUCUUUCAAGAACUGCAAGAGUAAGCGAAUGGUCUCAUUGAGGUUCUCUGUCAAGGGAGUCAAAGUUUAUGAUGAAGAUGAAACGACGCUCCUCAUGGCUCAUGCCAUGUGUCGUGUCUCGCUGUCUACCGCCCGUCCGUCUGAUGCCCAGUUUGCCUUUGUCUCCCAUAAUCCUGGAAAUUCUGAUGCCCAGCUCUACUGCCACCUCUUCAAAGCCAGACAUGCUCGAGCUGCCCAGUUCCUGAACCUGCUGCUUUGCCGCUGUUUUCAACUGUAUUUUCUGGAGAAGCACCCAGAGGAAGCGGAGGAUGAGAGUUCAGGGAAGAAACCAACUCGAACCCCAUCGCUGCUUAAUCAAGGUUUCCCUCUCAGUGUUAGUGCCUUGGUGUCUUUCCGCAGGGCCCCAACGCAAGGCCUGCUACCAGGGGCAAAGGUGUUUUCACAGCCGAGCACAGAGCAAGUCAGCAGUCCUGAAGAGGGCCCCACUUCGUCUCCGACUAUUGUUCGUAAAAAGGCGAUUCGAACUAAAGAGCUGCGCUCUGGAGCAUAUCGGUCUUUUACAUUUACUCCCCUUAAACAGCGGCACCUGCAGGAUAAACUGAGCGCACCACAAGAAAAGGAACAAGUCAGUGCAAAAGCAUGCAAGUCUCGCGCUCCCAGUUUAGCCGAGACCGAAGAAGCUCUGGCUCAAGCAGUGUGGUGCUGGGCUGGCGUGUCUAGCGACUGUAGUUCUUCAUUGCUGGUAGAUGAUGUCUUGGGUGCCUUCUUGCUAGGUCCUCAUCCCAAAAAGCCCAACCGUGGGUCUCUUAUAGUCCGCUUUCCUUCAGGACUGGUAACUCUUGCUAUUAAAAAUUCCAAGGGAAAGUUCCGGCUUGAGAAAUGCCACACUGACUUUGAAAGCCUUGCUGCUUUAGUGGAGCACUACACCGAGUUCAAUGCGGAGCUUGAAUGUUCUCUGAGCUGUGCCCGUGUCAACCACUGCUACGAUUGGGAAGAGAUCGUGAAUAAGAGUACACGGCCACUGCAGGACAGCAAGAAAGGCACAUUGAAAAACCAAAGUUGGGUUUGAAUCCUGUCUUUCAUGCACCUUUUUUUUUUUUUUAAUUACACUUGUUUUUUAAAAACAUUUUAUACAAUGUAUUUUAAACUUUACAGAGCUGCUGACAUUAGUAAGCCUUCCUAACAAGGAUCUUAAGUCACUAGCACCCUUUUUUAUGUUUUAAAAGCACACUUCUGUUUUGCCUGUUGGCAUUAACCUCAAACCACCUAAAGCGCUCACAUUGUUGGUGUUUUGGUUUGAAUUUAUUUUCUAGAGCACUUAACAUUUUUUCAUGUAAAUGUCAGAUGUAAAUGUAUACAGCUUUUGCAAAGGUGCAGACUAUAUAUACGUUUUAUGUUACAUCUAUUAUGUCUUUUAAACUCUGUUGUAUGUGUGUGUAUAUUGAUUUAGACUUUUUUUUUCCCCAUUCAAUUUUUAGCGAUAACCUGAAUACGUCCAAUGAACAGAUUUUUUUUUUUUUCUUUGCCUGUCUUUGCUCCCUUAAUGUUUCGAAACUCUUGCACUUUUCACCUCCAUAAAUGCACACGUUUUUUUUUAUAUCAUUAGCUUUGCACCAAUGUAAAUUAAGUGUCUUGGCUCGUUGCAUAAACGGAUUAUACAGUCA